AUGUCCAGUAUCAUCGAGGCCUCAGCCGCGCUCAGGAAGAGAAAGCACCUGAAGAGGGGCAUUCAGUUCACCCUUAUGGUGGUCGGGCAGUCCGGUUCAGGAAGAUCGACGUUCAUCAACACGUUGUGCGGGCAGGAAGUGGUGGAGACGUCGACGACCGUGAUGCUGCCCAACGACGACGCGACGCAGAUUGAUGUGCAGCUGCGCGAGGAAACGGUGGAGCUGGAGGACGACGAGGGCGUCAAGAUCCAGUUGACUAUUAUCGACACGCCGGGGUUCGGGGACUCGUUGGACAACUCCCCGUCCUUCAACAUGAUCUCGGAUUACAUAAGGCACCAGUACGACGAAAUCCUUUUGGAGGAGAGUCGGGUGCGGCGGAACCCGCGGUUCAAGGACGGGCGCGUGCACUGCUGUCUCUACCUCAUCAAUCCUACCGGGCACGGGCUUAAGGAAAUCGACGUGGAGUUCAUGAGGCAGCUCGGCCCGCUUGUGAACGUGAUUCCGGUGAUCAGUAAGUCGGACUCGUUGACCCCGGAUGAGUUAAAGCUCAACAAGAAGCUAAUCAUGGAGGAUAUUGACUACUACAACCUUCCGAUCUAUAGUUUUCCGUUUGACCAGGACGUGGUGAGCGAUGAGGACUACGAGACGAACACGUACUUGCGCUCGCUACUUCCUUUCUCGAUCAUUGGCUCCAAUGAGACCUUCGAGACGGCUGAAGGUGGCGUUAUACACGGACGCCGGUAUCCUUGGGGGACCAUAGAUGUGGAGGACCCGGUGGUAUCGGACUUCUGUGUUCUUCGGAAUGCACUUUUGAUUUCGCACUUGAACGACUUGAAGGACUACACCCAUGAACUACUCUACGAACGCUACAGAACAGAGGCAUUGUCUGGUGAUAUGCUGACUGCCAGCAGUGUCUCGUCAAAGCUGAUGAACAAUGGGUCUACGGAAUUUAUCAGCUCACCAGCUCUUUCCGGGACUGGCUCAGAUUCAGCACGCGUGAGCGGCCAGGAGGCGGAGUCGCGCAACAGCACGAAGCAGUCUUCUAACCAAGAUACAUACUUGGCACGGGAAGAGCAGAUCAGGCUAGAGGAAAAGAGAUUGAAGGCAUUUGAAGAGCGUGUUCAGCAGGAAUUGCUAUCGAAGAGGCAAGAGUUAUUACGGAGAGAGCAAGAAUUAAGAGAGAUCGAGGAACGUCUGGAAAAAGAAGCCAAAACCAAGCAGGAAAUUGAGGAUUAA